UCAGCAGCAAUCGAUUUGCAGAUAGGCAAGUCAUGACAUUGCUGUGGAGCAAAUUAAUCCAUACAAUUAUCAAAGAAAACCUGCAAAAUCUUCCAUUUCAAUUCAAGCAUCCCAAUCCCAAACGCACAGCAUCCCCUGAGGAAACGUCACUCAUCCGAUCCGAUGACUAAAUUCCGCAAAUAUCAAUCUUCUACUGCACCUAAAUCAGUCUAUUUAAAGCCCAAAGUGAAGGUCAUUAUGCCAUUUCAAUUCGUAUUUCACUUUUCGAAACUUUGGCAGAGCGGAGGUAGUAUAUAAUGGGGCGUUUCCUGAAUUGCUGCUUCACGAUUCCGGUCGGUAACCUAACUUCAGAUUCGCAGCCGCAGGGAUCAAUCGACUUUAUGGAGAAGCCAUCCACUAGCAACGCCAACGGUAACACUGCUUCUGAGAAGUCAAAUGAGGAAUUGAAUGAUACAACCAGAAGACAUGCGACUAAUGUCAUCCUUAACCAUGACUUUUCUGGAGGACUUGAUUCAUGGCAUCCUAAUGGCUGUGAUGGCUUUGUGGUUUCGUCAGAAUCUGGUUAUCCUCAAGGGGCUUCAACUAGCCUAAAUGGGUGUUUCGCCAAAGUUACGAACCGGAAUGAAUGCUGGCAAGGCCUCGAACAACAUAUAACCAACAGGGUUUCUGCAGGAUCCACUUAUACAGUAUGUGCUUGGGUUGGAAUAUCGGGAUCUCGUCAAGCUGUUGCUGAUGUGCAGGCCACUCUGAAACUUGAAUACCAAGACUCAUCAGUUGACUAUUUAUUCAUUGGAAGGACUUCUGCUUCCAUGGAGCGCUUUGAAAAGUUAGAAGGGACUUUUUGUUUAUCCACGAUGCCUCACAGAGUUACAUUUUACAUUGAGGGACCUCCCCCUGGCAUUGACAUACUCAUAAAAUCAGUAGUAGUUUCUGGCCUUGAUGCCAGUCAAUAUGAUAAUUCGAAUGAGGAAUUGAAUGUUACAACAAGCAGACAUGCAACUAAUGUCAUCCUGAACCAUGACUUUUCCGGAGGACUUGAUUCAUGGCAUCCUAAUGGCUGUGAUUGCUCUGUGGUUUCCUCAGACUCUGGUUAUUCUCAACGGAUUUUAGCUAGUCUAAAUGGACCUUUUGCCAGAGUUACGAACCGGAGCGAAUGCUGGCAAGGCCUCGAACAAGACAUAACAAGUAGGGUUUCUGUAGGUUCCACUUACACAGUAUAUGCUUGGGUUGGAAUAUCAGGAUCUGGUCAAGCUGUUGCUGAUGUGCAGGCCACUCUGAAACUUGAAUACCAACACUCAUCAGUUAGCUAUUUAUCCAUUGGAAGAAUUUCUGCUUCCAUGGAGUGCUUUGAAAAGCUAGAAGGGACUUUUAGCUUAUCAACUAUGCCUCAGAGAGUUAUAUUAUACAUGGGGGGACCUCCACCUGGCAUUGACAUACUCGUAAAAUCAGUAGUAGUUUCCUGCUCUGGUUCCAGUCAAUAUGUUACCCAAAGCAAAAGUUCUCUCUGUGAUGAGGAUAGUGACAUUGUACAGAACCCAAGAUUUGAUGACGGCCUUAAUAACUGGUCUGGGAGAGGUUGCAAAAUUGUUUUGAAUGAGUCUAUGGCAGGUGGAAAAAUUCUUCCACAGACGGGAAAAUAUUUUGCAUCAACAGCAAAUCGUACUCAGAACUGGAAUGGAAUUCAACAAGAGAUAACGAGCAGAGUGCAGAAGAAGCUAGCCUAUGAGGUAUUUGCUACAGUGCGAAUAUUUGGUAACAAUGUCAGUAGUGCAGAUGUUAGAGCUACACUGUGGGUUCAGACAGGAGAUCUGCGUGAACAAUACAUAGGGGUUGCGAGUGUGCAGGCAACAGAUAAAGAUUGGGUGCAGUUGCAUGGAAAAUUUCUUUUAAAUAGCUUGCCUUCACGGGCUGUUAUUUAUUUGGAGGGUCCGCCUCCGGGCACUGAUAUUCUUCUUAACAAUUUAGUUGUAAAGCAUGCUCCGAGAGCUCCACCUGCAUCCCGACCAGCCACUCAGAUCUCUCUUUUCGGAUUUAAUAUUGUUGCUAAUAGCAACCUUACACAAGGCACCAAUGGGUGGUUCCCACUUGGAAAUUGCAAUCUUAGUAUUGGCAAUGGUGCUCCACAUAUCCUUCCUCCAAUGGCUCAAGAGUCUCUUGGACCUAAGGAGCCAUUGAGUGGUUGCUAUAUUGCUGUAACUAAUCGUACUCAGACGUGGAUGGGUCCAGCUCAGACAAUUACAGAAAGAGUGCAACUUUUUUUGACUUAUCAAGUGUCUGCAUGGGUACGAAUUGGAAGUGGGGCAACUAGACCUCAGAGUGUCAAUGUGGCUCUUGGUGUGGACUCUCAAUGGGUAAAUGGUGGCCAAGUUGAGAUUAAUGAUGAUAAAUGGCAUGAAAUUGGUGGAUCUUUCAGAAUUGAGAAUCGAGCCACGAAGAUAAUAGUUUAUGUACAGGGUCCUGAUCCUGGUGUUGAUUUAAUGGUUGCAGGGCUACAAAUCUUUCCAGUGGACAGAUCUGCGAGAUUCAAACACUUGAAAACACAAACUGAUAAGAUACGCAAGCGGGAUGUUAUCUUGAAGUUUACCACAUCAGAUUCAUGUCCUCUGUUUGGAACCUUUGUGAAAAUUAGACAAACUCAAAACAGCUUUCCAUUUGGUUCAUGUGUAAACAGGACAAAUAUAGACAAUGAGGACUUCAUUAAUUUCUUUGUGAAGAACUUCAACUGGGCUGUUUUUGGUAAUGAGCUGAAGUGGUAUUGGACGGAGCCGAACAAAGGAAACUUCAACUACAAAGACGCUGAUGACCUAUUGAAUUUUUGUUCAAGCCAAAACAUUCAACUUCGUGGGCACUGUAUCUUCUGGGAGGUGGAGUCAACAGUUCAGUCAUGGAUACGAGCUUUGAGCAAAAAUGAUCUGAUGACAGCGGUUCAAAACCGUUUGACAGGCCUACUGACCCGUUACAAGGGUAAGUUUAAGCACCAUGACGUCAACAAUGAAAUGCUGCAUGGGUCGUUCUACCAAGAUCGUUUGGGAAAAGAUAUCAGGGCAAACAUGUUCAAGAUUGCACAUCAGCUGGACCCUUCUGCCACCCUUUUUGUGAACGACUAUCAUGUUGAGGAUGGAUGUGACUCACAUUCAUCACCCGAGAAGUACAUUCAGCACAUUCUUGAUCUCCAAGAGCAGGGAGCCCCCGUCGGAGGAAUAGGCAUACAAGGUCACAUAGAUCAUCCAGUUGGGCCGAUUGUCUGUUCCGCUCUUAAUAAGUUGGCGAUUCUUGGCCUCCCGAUCUGGUUCACAGAACUCGAUGUCUCUUCUACUAAUGAGUAUGUUAGAGCUGAUGAUUUGGAAGUUAUGCUUCGCGAAGCUUUUGCCCACCCUGCAGUUGAGGGUGUGAUGCUGUGGGGAUUCUGGGAGCUCUUCAUGAGCCGAGACAACGGACACUUGGUUAAUGCAGAAGGGGACAUCAAUGAAGCUGGUAAAAAAUAUCUUGCUCUCAAGGAAGAGUGGCUGUCAAAAUGUCAUGGCCAUAUCGAUGAACAAGGCCAUUUUGAGUUCAGAGGAUUUCAUGGAUCAUAUGAAGUUGAAAUUGUUAGUCUUUUACAAGAUGAGAAAGUGACCAAGACAUUUGUAGUUGAUCCAGGUGAGGAUCCUCUUGUGAUAACCUUCAAUAUCUAGUUAUUUUGUUCUUUCUGGUGCAGAUUGUUGUUACAUGAUUGUUACUUGGCAAUGUAAUAUUGAUUAUAUAAUAAACUGUUUUAGCUGUUGCUUUCUUUGUAAGAUGAAAUUGAACACGUUGAUGGUUUAACUGUUGUGACAUAUUUGAAAGGAGUGAAACCACCAUUGGUUAUUGUA